AUGCUGCUGUGGGUCCUGCAGGCGCUUGCUCUGCUUCUGCCCGUGCUCCCCACGCAGGGAGAAGCCAGGUGCAGGGGAUGCCUCCAGGCCCAUAACAUCUCCGGGCCUGCUCUGCAGAGGCUGUCGGAUCACCUCCUGACCAACUACAGGAAAGAUGUGUGACCCAUGUGGGACUGCAGGAAGCCAAGCACCAUAUCCAUUGACAUCAUUGUCUACGCCAUCCUCAGUCUCCCUUUCCAUUCCCGGGAUGAGAAGAACCAGGUACUGACCACCUACAUCUGGUACCGGCAGUACUGGACUGACGAGUUCCUCCAGUGGAACCCCGAGGACUUCGACAACGUCACCAAGCUGUCCAUCCCCACGGACAGCAUCUGGGUCCCGGACAUCCUCAUCAACGAGUUUGUGGACGUGGGGAAGUCUCCGGAUAUCCCGUACGUGUAUGUCCGGCACCAUGGUGAGGUCCAGAACUACAAGCCCCUGCAGGUGGUGACCGCCUGUAGCCUGGACAUCUACAACUUCCCCUUCGACAUGCAGAACUGCUCGCUGACCUUCACCAGCUGGCUGCACACCAUCCAGGACAUCAACAUCUCCCUGUGGCGCCCGCCGGAGAAGGUGCAGUUCGACAAGAGCGUGUUCAUGAACCAGGGCGAGUGGGAGCUGCUGGGGGUGCUGCCCCAGUUCCGGGAGUUCAGCAUGGAGAGCAGCGACUGCUACGCAGAAAUGAAGUUCUACGUGGUCAUCCGCCGGCGGCCCCUUUUCUACGUGGUCAGCCUGCUGCUGCCCAGUAUCUUCCUCAUGGUCAUGGACAUUGUGGGCUUCUACCUGCCCCCCGAGAGUGGCGAGAGGGUCUCCUUCAAGAUCACACUUCUCCUGGGCUACUCCGUCUUCCUGAUCAUUGUGUCCGACACGCUGCCCGCCACCGCCAUUGGCACGCCCCUCAUUGGUGUCUACUUUGUGGUGUGCAUGGCUCUGCUGGUGGUCAGCUUGGCUGAGACCAUCCUCAUCGUGCGGCUGGUGCACAAGCAGGACCUGCAGCGGCCCGUGCCCGCCUGGCUGCGGCGCCUGGUUCUGGAGAAGGUGGCCCUGCUGCUUUGCCUUGGGGAGCAGCCAACCUUCCACAGGUGUCCAGCCACUUCCCAAGCCACCAAGACCAAAGAGUGCUCAGACAUGGGGAACCACUGCGGCCAUUUGGGAGGACCCCGGGACGUGGACAGGACGCCGAAGGGCAGAGGCAGCCCGCCGCCCCCGCCGCGGGAGGCCUCCCUGGCGGUGUGUGGGCUGCUGCAGGAGCUGGCCUCCAUCCGGCACUUCCUGGAGAAGCGGGAGGAGAGCCGCGAGGUGGCCCGGGACUGGCUGCACGUGGGCUCCAAGCUGGACAGGCUGCUCUUCCGCCUCUACCUGCUGGCGGUGCUGGCCUACAGUGUCACCCUGCUCGCGCUCUGGUCCAUCCGGCAGUAUUCCUGA